UCCUCAUCGCGUCGCGUCUAUCGCUUGAAGGCCGUCUGCUGUUGGGCAGAGAUUGAUCUCUCCCUUACCGCAGACAGACGAGUGCAUCGACCAGCUCAGCAGUAUCGGUAUCUGUGACCAUCUCUCUGCUCUGUCCCUCGAUGUCUGUGGCGGCAGGGAGUGCGGCCGCUUCGUUCACGUCAGCGGCGCUGAGCAACAGCGUGUACAUCCGGAACCUGUCUCCACUCGCCUCUGAGGAACACAUCCGCACCACAUUCGGCGACUGCGAUGACAUCGUCACCGUCACUUUCAAACUGUACGGAUAUGUGCGACUGACUGCACACACAGAUGGACACCAAUGUGGUAUGGAUGUGGGUGUGUGGGUGUGUUCAUUCAGGUUCCCCGGCAGCACGACUCAGCGGUACUGCCAGGUUGAUUUCAAGACUGCGGGGGGCGUGACCAAGGCGAGCGCACUCAACAAUGAGCCGCUGCUGGGGGUGCCCAUGUCCAUCACGGUCAUCGAGCCCGUCACGCUGCCUGUCGCUGUACCAGGCACGCACACACAAGACACACACACACACACACACGCCUUCUAUGUGUUGUGUUGUGGUAUGGUAUGAUGUGGCGUGUGUGUGUGCUGUUUGUUUGUUCAGGCAUUGGUGCGCUGCCGAGUCUGCCGGCGAAUGCCAACCCGCAGCAGGUGGCCGCCUACCACGCACAGGCACUCCUGGCACAGAGGGUCGGCGGGCAGCCGCCACCACCACCAGGUCCACCCCCUCCAACGACAGCAGCAGGCAAGCAACCAACCAGCCCAGGCCACACAGAAUGGCUCGUUUGUUUGGUGACCUCUGGAUGGACGGAUGGAUGGAUGGAUGGAUGGAUGUGGUCAGGUGGUGUUGGUGUAAACAUCACAGGUUCGCUUGGCGGAGUGCCGGUGGCGAGGCCGUUUAUGGAGCCGGAAUCGGCACAGAUUGCCAGGACCAUACACGUCGACAACCUGCCAAUGGAGGUAGGUGAGAUGGAUGGAUGCAUGAAGACGUCUCUCGAGAGAGAGAGAGGCAGGGAUCCUGGCAUGUGUGUAUGUGUGUGUGAAUGUGCGUAUGGUGCGGUGCAGACGACAGAGGACGACCUGAAAGGCGUUUUUGGUCUGAUGGGCACCGUCACUGCGCUGCGGGUCAUUCAGCCCCCAGACAAGGACGGGUGAGCAGUCAGUCCGUCGAGGGGCGGAGGAGUCCAUCCAUCCAUCCACUCUAGAGUCCAUCUUUCUGUGUCCUAUAUGUGUGUGUCAGUGACAAGAAGUUCGCUCUCAUCGAGUACAAGGACCGAAGCCAAGCCGAGCAGGUCAGUCAGUGUUACUGAGUGGCUGGGACACAGCACUGGCAACCUCCCCCUCCAUAGAUAUCGCCUGUGUGCAGGCCUUCAAGCUCAAUGGCUACCAGAUGCGCGGCAGGAAGAUCAAGUGGGCUGUGGCCGAUCCCUCAUGUGUCUGUGAUCCAUCCAUCCAUCCGUGUGCCUGUGUAUGUGAAUGUAUGUAUGUAUGUAUGUGUGUCUGUCUGUCAGGCUGUCUCCCUCCAAGACGACGGUGCAUCCCCGCGAGCCGCUGAACGUCUCGUUUGACGUGCCCAUCAACAACCCGGUCCCCGUGGCCUACCAGCAGCUGCAGAAAAUACGACUCGAGGAGAAGAUGCAAAAGGUGAAAGGGCGUCACGCCACGCCACGACACGCCACGCCACGCCACACGGCGCAGAAAGUGUGAACAUAUGGAUGGAUGGAUGGAUGUGUGUGUGUGUGUCAGGUCCGUGCGGCGCAGGAGAACCUCGUCAAGAAGCUGGCAGAGAAAGGUGAAUGAUAGCACAUCCAUCCAUCCAUCUCUAUCCAUCUCUAUCCAUCUCUGUCCCUAAUUCGGCACACAUACAAUGUGUGUGUGUCGCUGUCUGUCAUUCAUAUCAGAUGCUGCCCGGCGUGAGGAGGAGAACGUGCGCCGCGAAGACAGGAACAGACGCGGCAACAAGUAUGAAGGCACGGCACCGCACGCACACCAGCCAUCGCCGCCACCAACGCACACACACCUGCACUGCAUGUGUGUGUGUCGGUGCGUCAGUCGUUCCCGGUCUGGGUCGUCGAGGUCUCGUUCGUCGUCCCGUUCCUCGUCGGUGGGGCGGCGGCGCCGACCCAGCCGCGACAGGGACAGACAGAGAUACAGGGACAGGUAGAUCCGUAGGUCAAUGCGGGGGGCUGGGUUGAACAGACGGGUGAAUAUAGAUAGCACUCCUGGUAGGCACGUGUGUGUGUGUUUGUGUGUGUGUGUGUGUGCAGGGACAGAGAGAGGGACAGGAGGUAUCGCGACUCGGACAGGUGUGUUGUGUCUGGAGGCACGUAUGGAUGGGCGUAUGGAUGGAUGGAUGGAUGUGUGUGUGUGGCGCUUUGGUUGCGUGUCUCCAUCACAUGCAAUGCAUCCGCGUCCAUCCAUCAGACGUCGGUAUGACGAGGCGCCCUCUUGGUACCUGAAGGGCAGGGGAUACCACGACAGAGGCAGGAGGAGGUCAGCAGCCAACCGACCUUGAAGCACCCUCUCUGUCUUUCUCUCUCACCAACACACAACCACUUGUCCGCGUGUGCAGGCGUGAUCGCGACCGAGAUGUGGACGACGACUGGCGCGACAAGGACAGAGACAGAGACAGAGACAGGGACCGUUCACGGGUGCGCACACAGACACAACACAACAUGUAACUAACGCACUACUGGUGUGCAGGACCGCUAUCGGGGGAGGAGGUCGCCCUCCCAUGACGACGAAGACCGUGACCGUGACCGUGAGAGGGGCAGGGACAAGGAGAGGCGGCGACGCGACGUCAAUGAAGACGACGACCAUGGCGAUGUGGGCGAGAGGGAGGGGAACGUCAAGACGAGGACCAAACAUGACAAGCGGGACGAUGAGAGAGGUAGGUACAUCACACACACACGUGUCCAUCCAUCCAUCCAUGUAUGUCUGUAUGUAUGUGUCGAUAUAUCUGUGUGUUGCGUGCAGGCGGUGGUGGUGGUGAAAGUGAGAAGGCCCCGCAGCGCGCAAAAGAUGAGAUGGACUACAGGUGGGUGGGUAGUACACUUUGACAGGGACAGGCAGGUGCACACACACACAGGCAGGCAGGCAGGCAGCCUUGCAGCCUUAGCGCAGCGCAGCGCCCUCCACCCAUUGAUUCCUAGCAUCCAUCCAUCCAUCCAUGGUGCAUUCAUCACUCCUUCCACAUGUAUGUAUGUAUGGCAUAUAUGUCGCGGGCGGGUGGGGUGGUCAGCCCCGAGAGAGUCAGUGCAUACAUGGAUCUGUACCCACCUACUGGGUAAGCUGCCUGCCUACCUGCCUACCUGUGACCCCGAUCCACUCACUCUCACCCUAUCUAUUCUCUGUCUGUCUGUCUGUCUGUUUGUGUGUGUGUGUGUGUCGCUGCCGGCCUGGUGUGCCUGUCUGGGUGCGCUUCGUUCAGUCCCGAGAGUCGCCCUGCAGCCAAGAAAGACAAGAAGAGGCCGCCCAAGGACCAGGACAAUGAAGACCGCGACCGCGAUAUCGACGACAAUGACGACGACAGGCCACACAAAACCAGCAGAGACAGAAGGUGCGUGCGUGCCUGCCUGUCUGCCUGCCGCACCACACAAUCCGCCCUCGAUCUGCUUGUAUGACGGGCCUCCACGUGUGUGUGUGUGUGAUGCACUCCCUCCCUCCCUCCCUCCCUUGUCUCAGCAGGGACGAUCGACGUCACGGUGAGGCAAAGGUCAACGGCAGGGAGCGGGACCGUGACCGAGGCGAUGAGGACGAUGAUGACGAUCGCAGGCGACACAAGCGCGACAAGAGGUCGGUCGGGCACGCACACACACAGAGAGGCACAUCGAUGCGGUGCAUUCAGGUCGGCCCGUCCACGGAUGAUGUGCAUUGAUUGACUUUGUGUGUGUAACGUCAGUCACAGGGGGGACAAGAGGAGGCGGGACGACUCAGAUCAGGACGACAACCGGGUACUCGACUCACUCAGCCCACCACACUCAGCCAACGCACCCUGUGUGUGGUGUGUAUGGUCUGUCUGUCUGUCCGUCAGGACCGCCGUCGUGCCGACACGAGGCGGCACUAUGAGGAUGACGACGACGACGACGACGACGACCGAGACAGACAGAGGAAGCGACACGCCAGAUGAACCAAACCAAACGAGCGGAUGGCCACGCCGCUGGUUCUGCGAAGGGUACCUACCCGAGUGCAGUGCAUGUUUAGGGGCGAUAAAUAAGAUGCGUGUAUGUGUGUGGGCUGUGCGGGUGGGUGCGUAUGGCCCUUGCCUCCUCCUCUCUGCGCAGCGCAUUCAUGCCGGCGUGCUCCCGUGCCGUCAAAGGAAGGAGGCGCUUUAGAGCAUCAUCAAUCUUGUCAGUCACGUGUGGGUGUCACGGACGGUCAGCCCUGCCUGUGCUGCUGUGCCAUGUGUGUGUAUUGUGGAGUCUGGAUGCCUGCCUGAAUGAAUGAAUGAAUGCAGUGUGUGUAUGCGUGGAGCAGUAGAAACACACCUUCCUUCUCC